GCUCUGUGCUUGCGACUGUAUGGCAUCUAUACUUCCGCCCCAGGGCCGUAUGUAUGCAUUUUGAUAGCAGCGCACGCAUUAACCUGCAUGGCGACGCCUGAGGACGCUUCAGGUUACGCACCCCUGCCAUCCGGAGCUGAGAGCAGUGAUGCGCCAGGUGCAGGCUCGAACGAUGCGCCAGACGAGUCAGAGGAGAGCAAACAGCAGCGGCGCUACUACUGGACCAUGGCGUUGCUGAAUCUGCUGGAAACCGGCGCCGCUGCGGGCGUCUCAAAAUUCACGCCGCUCUUCUUGGCGGCUCGCGGCUUGGACGUCGCGCAGGUCGGCGUCGUGUUGGCAGUAGCGCAGGUCUGCCGAUUCCUCGGCGGGCUCGUCUUCGGCCGCGUCGCGGACAAGACGGGCCGCUUCCGUGGCGUCUUGCUCGGGACAAAUUUUGUAAGCGUCGCGUUGGCGCUCUCGACGACAAGUCUUCUCUCGCCUUGGCACGGCAUGCACGGUUGGAAGCGUGUCGUCGUGCUCGCGCUCCUGACGGAUGCUUAUGCGUUUUUUACGUCGCCCUCGGGCACGCUCAUAGAUGCGAUCGCCGUGGUCGCGCAGACACGCGGCGGCGCGAGCUACGGCUCCUUGCGCCUCUGGGCCGCGAUCGGCUGGGGCCUGGCCGCCGUCGGCAUGGGUGCAGGCGUCGACCGCUACGGGUUCUCUGCGGUGUUCAUCGCCUACGGUAUUGGUACAGGCCUCUCAUCAGCCCUAGUCGUCGCCUGCUUCGAGAAUCCGAAGCCCAGACGUCCUGACGCCGCCGCGGCGCCCGCGUCCCUCGCGAGCGUCUUCCUCGUCGCUCCGGUACCCCUCUACUUCCUCAACUUCUUCGUUCACGGCUGUCUCGCGGCUUUUGUGGAGUCUUAUCUGCUGCUUUUUGUGGCGACGGAGUGGCCCCUCACGCCGAACUGGUUUCUAGGAUUGCUCAUUUUGAUCGCGGCCGUGUUCGAGAUCCCUGUCUUUCUGUACGCAACUCGCGUCAUCGACCGGAUCGGCGUCAGACCUUGUCUGGUUGGUGCGCAAUUGCUCUUUGCGUUGCGCUGCACCGCUUAUGCAACACUCGCACGUUACGCGAAAUCUACGCAUGGCUACUUGUGGUUCGUGUUACUGGAGCCAUCUCACGCGCUUACUUUCGCGAUGAUGUGGAGCGCGGCCGUGGAGUACGCGAGGCGGGCCGCGCCGCCGGAGCGGCAAGGGACAGCGCAGGCACUCGUGCGGGGCGCCUACUACUAUCUUGGAGUUGGAACGGGCUCCGUUAUCGGCGGCCGAAUCAUCCGAGCGCGCGGCUACGAAUUCUUGUACGAGCUCGGCGCGGCCGCGAUGAUCGCGUGGGCGGCCGUCUGGGCGGUCCUCCUCGCUUUUGCAUCGCGGCGGCGGCGGCCCGCGGACUCUCUGCGGGACGGGCUUCUCGAGGACGCAGGUUUGAGCUAA